GAUGAACUGAGAUAAAUUCAAAGUCUACCACUUAUUGGAUAUUGACAAUAUACUCUCCUUAGGCAAGCAGCAUUGUUAUCAGUAGUUGUAUUAUGUGACAGGCAGAGAUUCAGACUACACCCCAGAUCUACUGAAUCAGAGCCUGCAUUUAAAAAAAAAUCUCCAGGUCUUUAUUGUACUGAUCAAAAUUAUGUGAUACUUUCUAAAUCUCUAUGUUUCCCUAUGUGAGAAAUAUGCACAAUUUACUGAUAUGAUGUAAAUAUAACACCCAUAAAUUUAUAUUACUGUACUGAGGCCUUUAAUUUUGUAUUAAAUACUUUAUCCUCUAAAGCAGAAUCAUAUGCACACAGUUUCAUACAUCUUUUCUGAUCCUCAUUCCUGUGAAUAAGAGAAUAUGUUCAAGAAUAUCAAUAUGCUCAAAAAUAUCACAUUGGAUAAUUCUAGUCACUCAUAUGUCAGAAAAAGUUCUCAUAACUUAUUUUCCUUGUAGUCAAAUGAAUAACUCUCUCUAUGGCCACUUGGGAAAUAUGUGUCUUUUUAUAGGAGAUGGUGACAUUUCUGGAUGUGGCUGUAGAAUUCUCUCCAGAAGAGUGGGCAUGCCUUGACAAUGCUCAGAGGAAUUUGUAUAGGGAUGUGAUGUUGGAGAACUAUGGAAACCUGGUCUCACUUGGUCUUGCUGUCUCAAAGCCAGAGCUGAUUGCAUGUCUGGAGCAAAGGAUAGAGCCCUGGAUUAUGAAGAAAGAGGAAACAACAGUUAAAUAUCCAGAAGGACAUCUUUUGUCCCAGACUCUUUAA